AUGACGGACAGCUCGGACGCGGCGGGCGUGACGGCCCUGCUGGAGCGCGUGGCGUCGCUGAUGGAGGGCGUGCAGGCCACGCAGCGCCGCAUGGAGGAGCGGCAGCUGGAGCUGGAGAGCACCGCCGACGCCAUCCGCACCGGCGUGCUCAAGCUGGCGACAGAGCAGGCGGCCGCCGCGGCCGGCUUGGAGAAACUCCUGGAGAAGACGCGAAAGGUCAGCCGGCACGUCAAGGACGUGCGCGUGCGUCUGGAGAACCAGAACCUGCGCGUCAAAAAGGUGGAGGCCACGCAGGGGGAUCUUCUGGCCAGGAACAAGUUCCGGGUGGUCAUCUACCAGGGCGACCGGGAAGUGAAAGAAGCGACGCCCGCUAAGGAGGAAGAGCCGGGGGCGAGCGCCCAGGAAGAGCCCCGCGGGGCGGCGCCCCCGCCGGAUUCGGACGACGACGAGUACAUGGUGGUGGAGGAGGCCGACUCGGCGGCGGCGCGUCAGAAGAAGACGGGCCUGACGCGCAUGGAGAGCCUGAAGGCCGCCUUCUCGCGGGAGAACGUGAGCAAGACCCGGGACAGCCUGGGUACCAAAGUCAACAAACUUGGCGAGCGCAUCGUGACGGCCGAGCGGCGCCAGAAGAUCCGACGGUCGGGCGAGCGGCUCAAGGAGACCUUGGCCAAGGGCGUGCUGAAGAAGGAGAGGACUGUGGCCGAGGGCCAGGAGGGAGUCGAGGGGGCCGCGCCCGUGCCGCCGCCCAAGGGCCGCCGCCGUGAAUCCGACCAGCCCGAGGCCCGGGGGACCGAGGUGCCCGUCUACGACAUGAAGCAGCUGUCGUAG